AUGAAGAAAAUAUUACAUUUUUUUGAGUAAAUUGAAACUACAGAUAAUUAAAAAUCAUUUGAAGCAUUUACUAGAUGUAAAGGCAACAUCCUCUUAGGAGCAAAAGUUUAAUUAAUUAUAUCUUAUUAGAAUGACUUGCCUAAUAUUAUAGGAACUUUAAUUUUAAUUGUAAUUCUUAUUAUGUUGUACUUAAUUUUUAUAUUUCCUGCAGCACUAGAUUAUUAAUAUAAUGCUCUAGCAAUUAUAAUUGCAAUAUUUUGUAUACUUCCUAUCUUAACAUUUCUGAAUGUUACAAUGACAGGUAGGAUUUAUAUAUUAUUAUUUUUUAGAACCUGGGGUCUUGCUCAGAGGAGAUUUACCUGAUCCAAAAUUAUAAUAAUAAUAGUAAUUAGUUUAAGAACUUGAAUAAACUUCUUUAUCUAAUUAAAAUAUUUCAGAGGAAUAAAUAUAAAGAAAUGGAUAGAAUUAAAUUUUAUUAAUUACAGAGUCAUAAAAUUAAAUGGAAUAAAAUAUUGAAUUACCUAGUAUUUACAAAGUCAGAUAUUGUUCAACUUGUAAAAUUAUGAGACCGUCUAAGGCUUCACAUUGUAAGUUCUAAAAGUUAAUUAGGCAAAUUUUGUGAUCAUUGUGUUGAUGGUUUUGAUCAUCAUUGUUUUUGGGUUGGUAAUUGUAUAGGGAUAAGAAAUUAAAGAGCUUUUUUAUUAUUUUUACAAUCAUCCUUAAUUGUAAUUAUUCUUACAUUAUGUUAAUGUUCAUUAAAUUGUAAAUAUUUUAUUUAUACAAAAAGUGUAUAAUUAAUAUUUUGAUAUUUAAGAACUCUGGCUAUUAAUGUUUAAAUAGGCUAGCAUUCCUAUUAUAGCAAUUUAUGGAUUAUAUUUUUUUUGUGGUUGUUGGGCUCAAUAAAGUUAUCUAAAUGUCAUAAUUUUAAUGUUUAUGUUCAUUCUUCCGAUAAUAUACUCAGCCAUUCUAAUUAAUAUUGAAGAAGCAUAUAAAAAUUACAGAUAUUACGAUAAUCCAUUUAUAACUAUCUUGAUUACAAUCAUAGUUCUAAUAUGCUUUUGUUUCCUUCUCCAAGUUAAUAUUCUUAAUUGCUAUUAUAUAUCAUUAGUAGAAAAAUCUCAAUAUAUUAUUCUAGGGAAAAACAGUAAAAUAGGUGAAAUAAGAAGAUUAGUUUUAUUUAAACAAAUAGUCCCUUAUUAAACCAAAAUAAAGUGUUUCAAAAGUAUUUAGAAAUUUAUGGCAUUUUUAUACAUAUCCAAUACCAAUAAGUCGUAAUAAAUGA